AGAAGCACCGGCAAAAGGUCCGACAGAUGCGAGAAAAGCCAUCUGUUUGUGUCAGUCAGUUUGAAGUUUUUCCUUACUGCUAGCUCACUGGACUGACUGGGGUGCCCUGAAAACUAGACAUGGAAAAAAACGGUCAAAGUCAACAUGUCGAAACAAACAACAACAGCAAGACAAACAAUUCCAAAGGCCACCCCAAAGAGAAAAUCACAGCCUGCCUGGUGAGUGCAGCCUUCUUCAGUGCUCUGGGGUCAUCUUAUCUCUAUGGUUAUAACCUUUCAGUCGUCAACGCUCCAGCACUGUAUAUACAAGACUUCUACAAUAAGACCUGGAUUGAGCGAUAUGGAGAUCCAAUCGGAGAAGAGACAGUGAAAUUGCUGUGGUCCAUCACUGUUUCUAUAUUUGCCAUCGGAGGCCUGAUUGGAACACUUGCCGUCUCCCUUCUCAUUAAAGUAAUCGGAAGGAAGGGCACCUUGCUCCUGAAUAAUGUCUUUGCAGUGAUAGCAGCUUUGCUGCUGGCCCUGGGGGAAAUGGCAGGAUCUUUUGAGAUGCUCAUCAUUGGCCGUCUUUUAAUGGGGGUGGACUCUGGUAUUGCCCUCAGUGUCCUACCCAUGUACCUUGGGGAGAUUUCCCCCAAAAGCAUAAGAGGCUCCAUUGGUCAAUUCAAUGCUAUCCUUAUCUGUUUGGGGGUGUUCACAGGACAGGUAUUGGGACUUCCUGAACUAUUCGGAAAGGAGUCCAGAUGGAACUUCCUGUUUGCCUUCCUGGCGUUGCCUGCCCUGCUCCAGCUCUGUGUUCUACCCUUUCUUCCUGAGAGCCCCCGCUACCUUCUGAUGGAGAGGAGAGAUGAGGCUGGAGCAGAGAAAGCUUUUAGAGCCUUCUUGGGGAAGAAGGAUGUCAGCAAGGAAUUGGAAGAGGUCCACGCAGAGUGUAGAGCACAGAACAGUUUGCAGACAGCUUCCGUCCUUGAGCUUCUGCGUACUCGUGCUGUACGAUGGCAGAUCAUCACUGUCAUCGUCACAAUGGCUUGCUACCAGCUGUGUGGCCUCAAUGCAAUUUGGUACUACACCAAUGGGAUUUUGCGAGAGGCAGGAUUUCAAGAGCAACUAAUGCCAUACAUCACUCUCAGCACAGGUGGCAUAGAGACUCUGGCUGCCAUCAUUUCAGGUCUUGUAAUUGAGCGAAUUGGAAGAAGACCUCUGCUCAUAUUUGGUUUCUCUGCCAUGGCUGUGUGCUUCAGUCUUCUCACUGUAUUCCUGAACUUCCAGGACAGAGUUUCGUGGAUGCCUUAUCUCAGUUUCACCUGUAUAUUGGCUGUAAUUGCCUCCUUCUGUUCCGGACCAGGUGGGAUACCCUUUGUUCUAACUGGUGAACUCUUUGAGCAAUCAUACCGGCCCGCUGCCUUCAUGAUUGCAGGUAUUGUCAACUGGCUGUCCAACUUUGCUGUGGGACUGCUGUUUCCUUUCAUUCAGGAGGGCCUCAAGACCUAUGCUUUCCUGGUCUUUGUGGUGGUCUGCGUGCUCGGUGCCUUAUAUCUGUACUUCAUCCUCCCUGAGACCAAAAAAAAGACUUUUGUUGAAAUCAGCCAGAGCUUCGCCAAGAUCAACAAGAUCCAAGAUCAAGAUGUUUUGAAAGACAAGGAAAUGGAAGGAGUACUGGAUGUCAAACCUGGAACCAAAGAAGUGGAGAACGAGAUAGAAAGCGACAUCAUCGAGAUGGAAAGUUCUUUCUAAUUAGAACAAAAGCUGCUCAAUAACAGUUACACUACUCUAAAAUGUAUUUGUAUGUAUGUAAAUAUUUAUCAGGCUGGUGCAGGGAUGCCAUUUUCUGGAUCUGCUUCGCAAACUAAAGUAUAUGUUUGUAUUCAGAAGUGUAAGGGAAGUAGGCAGGGUUUGUUGUUUUUUGUACCGCGGUUUGAAGCCUCAAGCCUAAUCAUGAUACCUCGUCUAAAUUAAUCGUUAACUAUUUUUGAAAACAAUGUGAUAUUUGAAAUAAAUUGUCUUUAAAAUCAA